UAGAGGCUUUGCGCAAAGUCAGGGAUGGAAUGAAAGUGAUCCGAUUCCACCUGAUUUAUUCGUGCAAAUAAAAUCAGAUUUUUUUUUUUUAAAGCAAAAGGAAACUGCUUCCACAUUUCACUCAGCAAUAAAAUAAUUCUGUUUCUGGCUAAUUUGGAAUCAGCCUGGUUUUAACAUAGUUUCUUUACCUCAUGAGCUCCCUGAUCAACGCAGACAGAAAUAGUUGGACGUUGUUUUGUUCUACCUGUUAACAGAAACUAAGUGAAAGAAGAUAGUUUGCAGACAGUGGCUAUAGGCUGCAUGGAUGGAAAGGAGGCAAAGCGUCGCCCCUAAAGGUCCGCGCAAAGUGCACGAGUGUGGAGAGCCACUGCAGCUGCGCCAAGAGAGGAUUAGAUCGGAUCGUUUUCUGUGAUUGUGCAGGAGUGUUAACAAUCAAAAGCAAAACAUAUACCAAGAACCUCAAGAUGCAAUAAAUGCAUGUGAGACACUUUGAAUGUGACAUCCUCUUUAUUAGUUGAAUCCCUUUAGAAUGCACUGAAAGUUUGGAUUAACUCUCAUUAUUUGUUUGACAAAGAAGAAAUAAAAAAAAAUCCCAAAACAGGCAACUUCAACAGCCUUCUUUAUUGCUGGGUAAAUGUGCGCAAAUAAAUGUAAUAACCUGGUGUGAGACCUCCUGCUGCUGACCUGGAAACCAGAGACACACUCUUAAGAACUUUAUUUUCUUCCUUUAUCUUCAACAAAACCCCGCCAAAUCCCUUCCCCAACCUGACAAAAUGUUGUUGAUCAGACUACUGGCCAUCUUCCUCGUCCUCAUCACCAACACGUGGCUGCUCAGCCCGGUCCGCUCCGAUGCACUCAGCCGGUACAAACACGCCAUGGUCCGGCGGGCGGACCGUGAGCUCUCCAGGCUAGCAGGUGAACCCUGCACCGUCUCCGGCGUCUGGAGGUCCCGGCUGCAACCCCGCUCCCUCUCCCCGUCCCAACACCGCCCUCCAGCGGCCCGUCCGAGGACGCACACGAGCCGGAGAGAGCUGUACACUGUUAGGAGCGCUCCUGAGGUUUGUGCAGGAGGGUGCGGGUUUGAUACCGGGGUGCGCCGAGUCGCUCCGGCGCGGCAGGAGAAGGAAAGAUGGGGGGACACGAAGGAGCCUGCGGCGGCGUCUGCGGCGGCGGAAGCGGGGAACGGAUACGUUACGUUGCCCGGGCGGCUUUAUGAGAAACGCUCCACAAACGACGGGAGAGAGACACAUGAUGUCAGUACAGACGCCACACAGCCGCCCGGGGUGUCUCCGCUCAAAGACGCCGGGCAGACAGUCUCCUCCUCGGGGCACGCGCAGCCUCCGCGCGGCUCCCCCUCCAGGCUCACGCGCAGCCUCGGCAGCGGGUUUCCCUACGAGGAAGAGGGCAACUCCAGCUGGGAAAAAGUUUUCCCCGACAGCUCAACGACAGAUUCCAGGGGGCUCCAGGUCCUCUACAGGCUGCAGCAGGAAGAUGGAGACCAGCAGUCCUCGACCGGCGGGACAUUGGAGGACGCCACCGAGGACUACUCCGGGGAGGUGGAGGAGGCGGACCCGCCGGCGAGCGUGCCCGUCGGCAGCUCCUCUCCCUGGGGGAGCCCCGUGCCGAGGGUGCCCCCUUCCUGGAUGACCGCCCUGUACUUCAGCGGGCGUCGGGAGCAGCUGAGGGUGAAGCCGGCUGCGGGAGUGGAGCUGCCGAGGGCCAAGUUCAGCCUGGAGCUGUGGGUGAAGCCCGAGGGAGGGCAGAGCAACCCCGCAGUCAUAGCAGGUGUAUUUGACAACUGUUCCCAUUCACUGAGUGAGAAGGGCUGGUCAGUAGGCAUCCGCACUGUGGAACCUGCCGGCACCAAAGACGCGCGCUUCUACUUCACACUUCGCACAGAUCGAGCUGUAAAAUCCACAACUGUCUAUAGCUACCAGCACUACCGAGGCAACGUCUGGACUCACCUGAUGGCCACUUACAACGGCCUCCACAUGACCCUGUAUGUUGAUGGAGCUAAGGUGGGAGAGAGCAGUCUCCAGUCGGGGAAUCUCUACAGUCCUUUCAUGAAGACGUGCAGAACCCUCUUCCUUGGCAGUAACCAAUCAGAUCAGGGACACAGCUUCAGGGGCCAUAUAGGGGGUGUGGUCUUGUGGGGCUAUGCCCGCUCUCAUGAGGACCUGCUGAAGCGACCACUUCAAAUUGACAAAAGCGAGCCAGUCCUGGCGUUGUGGGCUGACUUCACUAAUGUGGGGCAGCUAUGGACUCCAUACAAAGCUGGCCUCCAUCCAACCAUCAUCACCACUCCCGUCCCUGAACAAGAACUUGUGUCCUCAUUCCUGCCGCCACCCUGCGGCCUGACACCCUGCGACAACAUCGACAUAAUCUCUGGCUACAACAACAACUGGCAGCUCCGUGCCCCCAAGCGAGUUCGCUACCGGAUCGUCAACCUUUCCAAUGACGAUGGUGGAAACCCCACUGUGUCGCAAGCCCAGAUCCAACUCCAGCACCAGGCUCUAACUGAGGCCUUUCGCCCUUACAACAUCACCCUGGAUCUGAGCGUGCACACCGUGAAAAACUCAAGCCUCCAACAGCAGUUUAUCCUCAGCAACUGUCGAAUUGGGAAGAUUGGGAACCGCCAGUGUGACCCUGAGUGUGACCACCCAAGGACGGGCCACGAUGGAGGGGACUGCCUCAGACUGGGGCCCUGCUACAACUGGAAGAGACAGGAUGGAGUGUGUAACAUGGAAUGCAACAGUAUACACUAUGACUAUGAUGAUGGAGACUGCUGUGAUCCGGAGGUCACCGACGUCCUCAAGACCUGCUUUGAUCCUGAGUCCCCCGACAGGGCCUAUAUGAGUGUGAAAGAGCUAAAGGAGGAGCUACAGCUGAGCGGCACUGACACACUCAAUGUUUUCUUUGCCAGCAACUCGGUGCGUGAAGAGCUGGCAGGAUCUGCAACCUGGCCUUGGGCGAAGGAGGCUCUUACCCACCAAGGUGGGAUGGUGCUGAACCCGUCUUACUUUGGUACCAUGGGCCACCACAACACCAUGAUCCAUGAGAUGGGCCACAUAUUGGGACUGUACCAUGUCUUCAAGGGUGUGAGUGAGCGGGACUCCUGUGAUGACCCAUGUCAGGAGACCACGCCAUCUAUGGAGACAGGAGAUCUGUGUGCCGACACCGCACCAACACCCAAAUCCAAAGCCUGCCACGAUCCCGGCGCCGUCAACGAUACCUGUGGAGUCACCACGUACCAGGACACACCUUAUAGCAAUUACAUGAGCUAUACAGAUGACAACUGCACCAACCAUUUCACUCCCAACCAAGUGGCCCGGAUGCACUGUUAUCUUGACUUGGUCUACCAGAAGUGGCUGACGGACCGGCAACCUGCCCCCAUCCCUCUGGCCCCCAUAGUGACAGACCAGAGUCAGGAUUCUGUGUCUAUCUAUUGGCUGCCACCUAUGAGGGGACCACUAUAUCAGAGCUCCUCCUCUCAUGUGUCUACAAUCAACUGUGGAGACUGCGAGAAAGACGGAGUGUUCCACCAGUAUGCCUACGAGGCUUCCUCACCUCGCAUCUGUGACACGUCAGGCUACUGGACACCUGAGGAGGCAGUUGGCCCACCUGAUGUGGAGCAGCCUUGUGAUCCCAGCCUCCAGGCCUGGAGUCCUGAGCUCAGCCUUUAUGACACUAAUGUGACCUCACCAUGUCCCGACACGGAGGGCUGCACCCUCACGCUAAGGUUCCUCCACCCUGUCAUUCCACACGUGCUUACACUCUGGGUCACCUACAUCUCUUCAAACAACCCAGCCAUAGCCAACAUAGAGCUGAUAGCAGAUACAGGGAAAAGCAUUAACCUCGGACCCCAGCACGUCUUCUGCGACAUGCCCCUCACCUUGCGCCUCGACACCCACAAAGCUGCCGUUGCCGCCAUUAAACUCUGCACCUUCGAUGAGAAGAUGGAGAUCGAUGCUGCCAUGUUGUCCUCGGGCCCUGGCAGCUCUCUGUGCUCCAGCUGCCAACCUCUGCUGUACAGGAUUCAGCGGCAGCCACCCUUCACCAGCAAAAUGCCUUCACCUCAGACCCAGCAGACAUUCACUGACAGCUCUGUAAAGCAGGGAGUCAAGUACCAGUACAUGAUCCAGGUGGAGGCAGACAGUCUCCUCAGCGAUCUCUCCCCACCUCUCCUCUACACCCAUGGGCAACCUUAUUGUGGAGAUGGCCUCAUACAGGGGUCAGAAGAGUGUGACGACAGUAAUCUGUUGGAUGGUGAUGGCUGCUCUAAGAAGUGCCACAAGGAGACGGGCUUCAACUGCAAUGGUGAACCUAGUCAGUGUUAUGUUUUUGACGGUGACGGUGUGUGUGAGGAGUUUGAGCGGGGCUCCAGUGUUCGGGACUGUGGUUACUUCACGCCUCUGGGCUACACGGACCAGUGGGCAUCCACCGCCACUGCUUCUCACCAGGACCCCAACCACUGUCCCGCCCAAGCCGCCACCGGGGAACCGUCCCUUACCAAGCUCUGCAGGUACCAGCACCUGGAGAUGAGUGAGAAGCUGCCCACCGACGCUUGGUUCCCAUGCACCGCCCAGUCCCACACAAAUGACCUUGAACAUUCAUUUUGGCUGAAGGUGGGAUUUGUCCAUCCUGGAGUGGCAGCCUCCGUGAUGGUGUACCUGGCUUCAGAUGGGUCGUGGUCUGGGGAGCAGUGUCGGAGGACAGCCACCAUCCUCCUGUCUGACACUACUGGCAAGAACCACUCACUAGGUACACAUGACCUCUCGUGCCAUCGGAACCCGUUGGUGGUGAAUGUGACCCAUGACCUCUCUCAACCCUUCUUCAUCACGGCCUCUGUUAUUCUCCUCUUCUCCUCCCCGUCUGUGGCAGUGGGAGGUGUGGCGCUGAGGACCUCCUGCCACUUCAGCACCUUCGCCCUGACCGGCUGUUUGCGGCAGCCGUGUCAGAUGGACAGCUGCAAUCCUCCGCAGUUAGAGCACGCCUCUGUCAGGUGUACAGGAGGAGGAGAGACCUCUCGCUGCACCGUUCAGUGUCACCGUGGUUUCAGUAUUACCGUCAUCAACGGCAGGGGGAAUCUGCCCCAUCAGAGAGAAACACAUCUGGAGUGCUUCCAUGGUUCAUGGGAUCGUGUAGUUAGCUGUCAGCCUGUAGACUGCGGCCUGCCUGAUCAGUCUCACGUUUACCACGCCAUAUUCAGUUGUCCCUGGGGAACCACCUUUGGCAAACAAUGCUCCUUCACCUGUGGAUCACCAGCUAUACUACAAGGUGACAGCGACAGGUUGGUGUGUUUGGAGGACGGUCUGUGGUCUUUCCCAGAGGCUUACUGCAAGAUUGAGUGUCCAGAGGUUCCAAACAUACCCGAUGCCAAGCUGCUAACAGCAGACUGUCUGACCUCAGGGCACGAUGUUGGCUCUGUCUGCCGUUACAAAUGCAACCCAGGCUUCUAUGUAAGAGGGAGCCUUAAAAAGAAGACACCGAGGAAGUACUUCAAGUUGGAGUGCCUGGAGGGGGGGCAGUGGGAGGAAACUAACUGUGAGCCCAUAUCCUGCCCAGCCUUACCUGAUGUCUUCCAGGGCAUGUAUACCUGCACCAAUGGCCUGUACUAUAACACCGUCUGCACCCUGAAGUGCCCAGAGACAACAGAAAAUAGAGAGAUUUGCUGCACUAAGGAUGGUGAAUGGACCGCAGAGUUCACCAUGUGCUCCAAGCUCCAGGGAUCAUGCUCUCCUCCUGCUGAUCUCAACUCUGUAGAGUACAGCUGUGACCAAGGGAUGGAUGUCGGUGCUGUUUGCUACCCAACGUGCAUUGUGGCUCUAGACAUGGAUCUGCGUGACCCUGUGGUUCUGCCCAAUGGCACUACAGCUGACUCUUUAAAGCACUGGAUGCUACCCACCAAAGUCCAGAGCAUUGUCUGUACAGGGAUGAUGAAGUGGUACCCUGACCCUCAACACAUCCAUUGCAUCCAGUCGUGUGAGCCUUUUGGAGGGGAUGGCUGGUGUGACACCAUCAACAACCGGGCCUACUGCCAGUAUGACGGAGGAGACUGCUGCCCGUCCACACUCUCCACCAGAAAGGUCAUUCAGUUUGGGGCAGACUGCAACCAGGAUGAGUGCACUUGCCGUGAUCCGGACGCCGAGGAGAAUAAGAGCAAAGCCGUGCGCUUGGAGGGAGGAGGUGGUGGAGCCGGAGGAGGAAUGCAGUAAGAUGGAGGGAUGAAAGAGGCUGAACUUGUGUUUAAUAGAGUCAAACCACAAACAAUACACCACAACAAACAAACAAGAAAUACUCAAUUGUUAACAUUUGUAAUGCAAAGAAUGUGAUUGAAGUCAGACUUCAUACAAUAAAAGGCCAUUUUAAUUUUACAUCAGUGAUCUUACUGUCAGAAAGCAUCACAUAUGAGUCAUGUGGGAAUGUGAUUCCUUCCUGCACAAAUCACAAUACACCCACUCGUGAAUAUUGUAUAUUGUUUUCUUUUCCUGGUAAGAAAUGAAGGGUUAUCUUCACUGCUGGAUCUGUGUAAGAGCAGAACAUUUAUAUAUUUUGCCUAAAUGAGAAAACACUGAGGUCUAGUUCAAAUAGGAUUAAAAAGCAGUAUAUCCACUCUUGUACAAAUGAAUCAUAAUUGGAUCAGAUCACUAUUGUUAAUGGAUUCAAGUACUUUUCUGGACUUGAUUAGUUUUAGGGAAAAAGAAACCAAAAGAGCUGGCUGUGCCUGGAAACUGUCGAGUACACGCACAGACCUUACAGUAAGGGCUACUGCUAACAACUGUGUUUACUGUUAGCAUUAGCAUUUCAUAUAAUUAUUAUAAAGUAUCAAAUUUAAAUCAUACUCAAGCCAAAAAUACAGACUGUUGAUUUUUCUUUUGCUCAUCAACUCGUCUGAUGGCUACUCAAAACCAAAUGAGGACUAGUGGGCAAAGGAAAAGACUUGCCUGAUUUCUGUUUCACUACACACAGACAUUACUGUCCUCACUGCAAACCAAACAAUUCCUCUCAAAUACAAAAAAGAGAUACAGUCUUUAUCGUUUGUGCAUCACAUCCUUCUACAAACACUUCUUUCUGACAUGUAGCUGGUUAGGAAUGUAAAAGGAUACAUAUCUGUAAAGACUAACAUGUAUAGACUAAUAUAUUUGGAUCUAACAUAUCUACUAGAUCACGUAUUAGUCACACAAGUCAACGCUAUUUAUAUCACAGAUCCAGUAAUACAAACAUAUAUCUGUACCAUACAGCAUGUGCACAGGGCUUCCCAAAUGUCUGUUUUCUGCAAGUGUUCAGUUGUAAAAAACAUGUCAUACAUUCACAUACAUACAAAUAUGUCAGAUAUUUAUGAUUAUAAAGAAUCAAAUCCAAAUCUAAAUGUGAAAGUCAGUAACAUCAAAUACUGACUGUACAAUGUGAAAACUAUGAUGAUUAUUCUUAAAAGUUAUGGAUUUCUACUGAAAACAAAGAUGCACGUACAAUUGUAAUGUUGGAGUCGGCAAAGCAGCGGAUAAAACAAAAUAAAAGCGAAUACUUUUGGGAAGCCUGGGCAUAACCUCUCCUCAACACAGACCUCAAACCUCUCCUGCUUGUAUGUUUGUACAUCAGAACGGUUCUGGUAUCCAUUAGCCAGAAAUGAUCCAAAUGUUGUAUCUAUAAAAGUGUAAUCAUGUUCUUUGUGAUAUUUCAGUACUUUAUACUCUAUAUGAAAUAAAUAGCAACUUUAUAUCGA